GUUCUUGGUCUCUUUAAUCUGCAUUGCAUUUCAACGUGUCCUCCACCUCCCCAUCAUGCCAACCCUACCUGAAGAUGUCAUACAGCCAACUGAGAAACAGCAUUCAGAUUUGCCCUCUCUGGUCAAACUUGUUCAGGAGUUCUCUGCUGAAACAGCUACAUGCAACAUACCUUCAAUAAUUCUUCCAGAGUAUGCCGUUAGCCCUAUUACAGAAAGAGACACAAAUGUAGCUCUCAGGCCUGUUAGCCCUCAUCUGCGACAUUCUAACAGAAAUGCUAGAAAAUCAGCAAACUCUUUGACGUCUGUAGACAAUGAAGGUCAUGUAAUUGAUCUCCUUCAUGACCAACUGCCAGAUAUACAAAUAUCUGAUGAAGAUAAAAAGAAGAACUUUGAACUAUUAGAAGAAGCAAAGAAGGUGAGUGAGAGGUUCCUCACACGUAGAGGAAGAAAAUCAAGAAGCAGCCUUUCAGAAUCACCCACAGCUUUAUCCCCAUCACUAAGCCCAAGUGUUUCACCUGCUUCAUCUCGGAGCAACUCGUUGACACUUCCAGAUCCAACAGAUUCUGAUAUAUGCACAUCAGUUGUUGAGUCAGUAUCUCCAUUGCAGAAUCCCACAAAAAGAGUACCUAAUCCAGAGGAGGAUGAUCAGAGAAAAUCUUCUCAGGGAAGAUUGGUUCCUCACGCAACUGGUUUGGAAAGUCCAAAGGAGGUGUCUGAACAAAAGGAGAACUUUGAUCCAUAUAAACCUGUGGAUAAUCUGCCUCAAUUCUGCACUUCAGAUUCCAACACUGGCAAAAGAUCUCUAAGUAGCAGCAAGAACUUCUGUGAAACUGAAUUAGGGAAAGAAUUCCCUAAAAAAAUGAAAGGAAAUGACUUUCCUUUGAAAGGUCAUUUACCUGGACCAGGAAUGAUUGCGCUGGGCACGAAGUUAAAGGGCUCAGCGCCACUACUGAAGGAUUCCAAAGUUUCUAGUAAAACUGAAUUUAAUGCAUCUAGUAAUCGCUCUCCUUUACUACGAGCUAUGUCAUGGGAUCAGCCUGAACCAUGUAAUGUAGAAAAAGUACCUUUCAGACCAUCUGAAGAUAUUAAUAACUGCGCUGGUAAUAUAGCAGCUGAUAAUAUAGCAACUAAGGUUCCACCAUUCAAAGACCUUCAGAUACAAGUUCAGCCAAUUCGAAUGCAGAAACUGACGAAGCUCAGAGAAGAACAUAUAUUGAUGAGAAAUCAAAAUUUAGCUGGACUUAAACUUCCUGAUCUUAGUGAAGCUGCUGAACAGGAAAGAGGGUCUUCACCAGUCGCUUUCUCAGUGGAGGAAGAGGAGUCAAAGAAUAGAUGUGAUGUUAUGCCCAACAUUCCUGACACUCUUUUACGAAAACUUCAUGUACAAACACCAUUUCCAGGAAGUUCUCCACCACUUACUGAAAGAGAGGUUGAGAAUGUAUUUAUACAACUUUCACUGGCAUUCAGAAAUGAUAGCUAUACAUUGGAAUCAAGAAUUAAUCAAGCUGAAAGGGAGAGAAAUCUUGCUGAAGAAAAUACAGAGAAGGAAUUAGACAACUUCAGGGGAGCAGUUACGUCUUCAGCUUCCUUGUGGCAUCACUCUGAACACAGAGAUAUGUACCAGAAAGUAUUGGAAGACAUUGCUGUGCUUCAUCGUUUGGCUUCAAGACUGUCCAGUCGGGCUGAAAUGGUUGGCGCUGUUCGUCAGGAGAAACGUAUGUCAAAGGCCACAGAAGUUAUGAUGCAGUAUGUAGAGAAUUUGAAAAGAACAUAUGAAAAGGAUCAUGCUGAGCUCAUGGAGUAUAAGAAACUUGCUAAUCAAAAUUCUAGCAGAAGCUAUGGUUCACCAGAUGACGGUGUGCCUCGUACAUCAAGAUCCAUGUCUCUUUCUAUUGGAAAGAUGCCUCGAAGAAGAGUCAGUGUUGCUGUUGUUUCAAAGUUUGAGCUCCCAGGCCAGUCACCUAGCCAGUCACCCAUACUUUUGGUGUCAUCUUCCUUGCCUGAAUCAUCAAACGGAAGAAGCAAUUUGACAUCAACUCCAGUCUUACCUGCAGUUAUAGAGAAUGGAAAACCAAACAGUGACCCGGAUUGUGAACAUCCUCCUUCAGCCUCAACAGAAAGUGGCUCGGAAGAGAUCAGCCCAGAAGCCAAAGCCAAAAUAGAAGAGGAAGCUUAUAACAAAGGAUAUCAAGAAGGCCUAAAAAAAAACAAGGAAAGUGAAGAGCUGAAAGAAGACAAUGAAGAGAAAAUUCAUGAAAAACUCAAGGAUUUUUUGCCCAUGGAAAAUGAUAAGAUUAGCAAGCCACAGAGCAAACUUGAAGUUGUUAUCCAUUAUGUACAGAUACUGUAUCCUAAACUGCAUAAACACGGGAAUGUGCUCUGGAUUGUAGCAGCCAUUAUUACAGUUUUUGCUGUAGUGCUGGGGACCUCCAGUUUAUACAAUUACUUCUUCUCCUAUACGGAGGGAUCAGAUGGAGCCCAAGUGAAACCUGCCUGUUCUGCUGCCCAUCGGUAUUCUUGGGGAAAUUCAGGACUGCAACAUGACCAGUAA